AUGGAUGCUACUGUUCAAUCAGAAGCCUCUCUGAUUCUGACUACCAUCUUCAUUGACUCCUCCAUUACCCAAGAUACCAAUCCCUUUCAAGCUAAUUCCACAGAAUCUGUUACUUUUCAUCAUGCCCAACCCACCUUAUCUGUUUCACCACAACCACACUACAGUUUAACUGUGACUCGACCUAAACCCAUUCACAUCUCAUCCAAGCCUGCUCUGGAGAACUCAUCUCUAGACAGCACUGGAGCAUUGACCACUUAUGCCCCUCAAGGCUCUGACCAUCCAAGCCUGUCGAUUUCACACUUCCCUUCUCAGAAAGCUCGUGCCAGAGAUCCGUUGCAGUCCACCUUGACACGUGAUUUCUAUCAAGUUCAGGAUGUGGGGUAUGACUCUGACAAAGACUUAAACUCCUACACAAUGAGUCUGACAGGAGCAAAUCCCAUGAUGCCAGGCCAGAAUGUGAUGCGGAGAGAACAAGAAAAUGCCCGGAAAAUACAUUUGAGGAAGAAGUCAAAGGAAAUCAGUGAGCGUCAGCUCCCUGCAAGUAUGCUUAGUCCAUGGCAUGCUAUCCAAGAGGCACUUUCUGCGAAUUCACUUGCAGAAAUAAAACAGAAAAGUUUGGCACCAGCAGUAGUUAGGGAAUAUAGCCUGAACACAUGCCAGAAGCUUUACUUCCUUAAGGCUGGUUCCCAGGAGAUUCUGGAAGCCCACAUUACCAAGUUUCAUUUGAGGAUGAUAUGUGGCCUUCCCCCCAAAGUCCUUGAAUCGAUUGAAAUAUUUAGAUUGAAAGAUGCUUCCUCCUAUUCCCAGUAUGAUUCCAAAUCCUCCUCAACCAACUUGAUAGCUGAUGUGGUCUCCAAAUCAGGGGGCUUCAGGCCCCUUCGAGGUAGCUCUGCUACCUCACUUGUGGGCAAUGAAGGACAGAGGAUCCUGAGACAAGUGCCCUCUGAAAUCUCCCAUGGGGUGAGAAUUCUGGAUGCUGGACCUACUCCUCUGCCUGUGGCAAACACCAUCAUUGGCAAAGCAAGUCAGGAACAUUCUCCAAGAGCCAAAGUUCUCCCCUUAAAGCUGCUCAUAAGACAAUCCUGGGCUGAACAUGAGCUAAAAGAUCAGAGUGCAAAUUCCAGAAAGGUUGAAGAGGAGAUGAAAUCAGAAAUUGUCUCCAUGCCCAAUGUGCCCAGGGCUGAGGAGCUUAAUGCUCUUCAAUCCAAAAUGAGUGACAUUUUAACAACCAGCAAGCUGGAAAUCCCCCAAAGGCUAACUGUGAGUGAGAAUAAAGGAAUAAUGAUUGUGAAAACUAAAAACCUUCCAGCAGAAACAUCAGUUCUGCAAAAUCCUAACUCAGCAGACCUUCAGAACCAACUAAUUUCUGAGUUAAAGUCAAAGAUAGAGAAGAAGAAGCAGAGUCAGGCCCAAGGCCAGUGUAAUAAUGUGUCUCAUGCCUCAGACAGAUUGACUUACCCAGCCUCCCUGACUCAUGAUCAGAGUGUCUCCAGUGUGGACAGGGCAACUCACCGGGAGCUGCAUGUCCAUUUGGCGAACACAAGAGCCAGUAUAAAGCAGCCACAGGAAGCUCACAACCCUAAGAAUAUCUUAAGAUUAUGCCAGGAUAAGAAUUUCCUAACUGCUGCAAAGAAAGAGAGGCCCACAGGGUUCAAACCAGAGGAUCUUGCUAGAGGGAAUGCAGGGUUGAGAACAUCCCAACCAGGAAGGAAGAGAUUUCCUACUCAGGACUUGCCAUUAAAGGAGAGGCUUGGGACCAAGUCUCCCCAGACCCUAUCACAGAAGGCACAACCUCCUCCGGAAAGCCUGUUCAGAAAACAAAUGAACCGUUUUUUUCAAAAGCUUUAUCUUUGGAAAAUGUACAAACAGCAAAAAUACUCUCAGGAAAAGGGCAACACCGUAUCAUCUACACAGAACCGAGGCCCAAUUAAAAGUAGAGCAGACAUUGGGAGUUUUCUAGAGGAGAAAUUUGGGCGUCGGCAUCCAGUAGAUAUAACCUGCCCUCAGGAGCCCACUCCCUCUGCAGUGAAGUUUGCAAAAGCUCCGCAGAAGGUACCAGUGUGGGCCCAGGCAGAGCCUGUCCAGGGGCAUCCUUUUCACUCCAGUGCUGGCUCCAAUAAAGUGACAAAUACCAAUACCUUCCCCCAAGCUGUCUUCAGGAACAAGGACAGAUACCCCCGGAGAGUUGUGGCAUUAAAUAACCAGAUAUAUCAGAAGCAAUUCCAAUCUGUGCCCUGCAGAGGGCGUGUGCCCCGUCCAAGACCAACCUUCAGGCCUCCAGCUGCCCAGUGGGCUCAGGCUGCUCUCACCACCGCUGUAUCCACGGUGUUUAGAGAUCCGUCUCUACGAGUAAGACAGAAUAUGAUUCUGGAUAUUUUCAAGAGAAGAAACUUUACCACAACAAUAUAA